AUAGAUAUAUAUUAUAUAACGGGCAAAUUAAUGAGUGAGAGAAAAUCAUUUAAGAAAAAGAAAAAGCUUCUUCAGUUUCAAGAAAAAUGGAAGCACCACCAGAGCACCUCCCUCAGAUUCUGACGCCGUGCAGCAGUGGAAGAAGAAGCAGCGCCGAUUCGAGGUCGCCGGAGUUCGAGUUUUGGAUGAUCAGAAACCCUUCUUUUCCUCAGCCCAAUCUCCACUCCGCCGACGAGCUCUUCUCCAACGGCGUGCUCCUCCCCCUCCCCCUCCACCGCCUCCAUCUCUCCACUACUGAGGAUCCGCCGCCGCCGCCGCAGGCAACCGAGUCGGGUCGGGUCACGGCGGCGGAUGCCGAAUCUUCUAGUGUUGAGUCGUCGGCUGGAGCUUCGUCUUUUACCUCCUCGAAGCGGUGGAGGGAUAUUUUCAAGAAAUAUGACAAGAAAGAUGUAAUUAGUGUUAGAGAGAAGGAUGUAAUUAUUAGUGUUAGAGAGAAGAGGAGAGAGAAGAAGAACGGCGGCGGCGGCGGUGUUACUGCGGCGGAGCUCAACAUAAAUAUUUGGCCUUUCUCAAGGAGUAGAUCCGCCGGGAACGGCGGAGCUCGGCCACGACCGGCGGCGGCAACUCGGAAAGUGAGCAGCGCCCCCUGCUCCCGGAGUAACUCUGCCGGCGAGUCAAAAUUCAGGAAGUGGCCCCCCAACAGCCCCAGCAGAGCCGGAGUCCACUUGGGAAGAAGCAGUCCUGUAUGGCAGGUCCGCCGGAGCGUCGGCGGCGGCGGCGUCGGCCGGAUCUCGGAGACCGUUCUCAAGGGUGCCGAAAAGGGCCUCAAGAAAGAUGGAAUUGAUGCUCGCCGGAAUAUACCCGGCGCCGGUACCGGAGGUUCCAAAGUUAGAGUAUUGGCUCUGAAUGUUCCCAUGUGCAUUGGCUACCGGCAACAUCUGGGUUGUAGAAGUGUUGAGAGUAAUGCUGGUGGUAUCACCGCCGGUGCUGGUGGUGGCGCCGCCGGUGAAGGGGUACGUGGGAGUAAUUUGUUUAACAUCAGAAGCCUAUUUACCAAGAAAGUGUAUUAGUAUUAAAUUAAUCACUCUCAGACAAAUUACAGCCAGUUUUAAUUUUCCCCUUUGUGCAGUAAGUAAAAUUUCUUGGCAGUAAUUAAUUUUCUCUCUCAUAUAUAUGUAUUAACUACUAUUUAU